UCAGCCACGAUGGCAUCUCUCUCAACAUCCGAUCUCGUUCUUGUCACUCUUGGCCUUGCCAUUGCCGCCAUCUGGUUCCUCCGGGACCAGUUACCAUUCCUCAAGAGCUCAUCGUCAAGCAAGCCUAUACCCAAUGGAAAGAGUCCAAAUGGGGGUGCUAAGGGGGCAACCGGAGGAGCAAACCCGAGAGAUUUCAUUGCCAAGAUGCUAGAUACCAAAAAGCGUAUUGUGAUCUUUUACGGCUCGCAGACAGGUACUGCAGAGGAAUAUGCGAUCCGUCUUGCCAAGGAGGCCAAGUCACGCUUCGGUCUCUCGUCCCUUGUCUGCGACCCGGAAGAGUACGACUUCGAGAACCUGGAUAAGAUUCCCGAGGACUGUGUCGCCUUCUUUGUCAUGGCAACGUACGGAGAGGGUGAGCCGACCGACAACGCUGUGACGCUCAUGGAGAAUCUCGAGGACGAGAGCUUCGAGUUCUCCGGUGGAGAGCACAAGCUCCCGAACCUCCGUUACGUCGUCUUCGGUCUUGGGAACCGCACAUACGAGCACUACAAUCUCAUCGCACGCCGAGUGGAUGCCUCGCUCGAAAAGAUGGGUGCUACUCGCAUCGGCAAGCGCGGUGAGGGAGAUGACGAUAAGAGCAUGGAGGAGGACUAUCUCGAGUGGAAGGAUGGCAUGUGGGAGGAGUUUGCCAGCGUGAUGAACGUCGAGGAGGGCGCGGGAUCCGAUACCGCAGACUUUGUCGUCACCGAACUCGAGAAAGAAUUCCCUACAGAGAAGAUCUACCUUGGCGAACUCUCCGCUCGUGCGCUUACCCGCACCAAAGGCAUCCACGAUGCGAAGAAUCCCUACCCGGCGCCGAUCAAGGAAGCCCGCGAACUCUUCGCUACCGGCGGUGAUAGGAACUGCAUUCACGUCGAGUUUGAUAUCGAGGGCUCCGGUCUCACCUACCAGCACGGCGACCACUGUGGUGUUUGGCCUACUAACCCUGACAUCGAAGUCGACCGCCUGCUCUGUGUCCUCGGUCUGGGUGCACCCGAGCGCCGCACGGCUGUCAUCAACAUUGAGUCUCUGGAUCCCACCCUAGCCAAGGUGCCCUUCCCUAUUCCGACGACGUACGAGACCAUUUUCAGGCACUACAUCGAUAUCUCCGCUACGGCCGGUCGUCAGGCCCUGUCCGCGCUCGCCAAGCACGCACCCACGCCCGAGGCUGCGGAGCGCCUCACGCAGCUUGCCACCGAUAAAGCUCUGUACGCCUCUGUGAUUGCGGACGGCUCGCUCAAGCUCGGCGAAGUUCUCCAGCUUGUUUCAUCGGCAAAAGUUCCAGACUUCCACGUAAAACCUACCCCUGAGACCAUCACUCCCUGGAAAAUUCCGUUCGACCUGAUCGUAUCGCUGAUUCCGCGUCUCCAGCCGCGCUACUACUCCAUAUCCUCUUCGCCCAAGCUUCACCCAGGUUCGAUCCACAUCACCGUGGUCGUGCUCAAGUAUCAGGCGGAGAAGUCGCAUCACCCGGAGAAGGAUCCUAAGUGGGUCUUUGGUGUAGGCACAAACUACAUUCUUAAUCUUAAGAUGGCGCAUCACGGCGAGACCUCCGUUCUCAUGUCAGAAGAAGGCAUUGAAGACGUAGAUCUUUCCGUCCCGCCGCGCUAUGCGAUCGAAGGACCAAGGAGCGCGUACUACCACGAAAAGGUAUACAAGGUUCCGAUCCAUGUGCGCAGGAGCACCUUCAGGCUGCCUACCAACCCCAAGACGCCAGUUAUCAUGAUCGGCCCUGGAACUGGUGUCGCACCAUUCCGCGGCUUUGUGCAAGAGCGUGUCGCCCUUGCCAAGCGCGCGAUCGAUAAGAACGGACCUGACGCACUGAAAGACUGGGGCAACAUCUGGCUGUUCUACGGUUGCCGAUCGUCGACCCAGGACUUCCUGUACGCUGAAGAGUGGCCAUACUACGCCGAUCAGCUCAACGGCAAGCUCAUCAUACACACGGCCUUCUCACGCGAGACGCCGCGGAAACCAGAUGGCAGCAAGGUCUAUGUACAAGACCUGAUCUGGCAACAGCGCGGACCCCUGACCAAGGCUAUCCUUGAGCAGAAGGCGUACAUUUACAUCUGCGGUGAUGCAAAGAGCAUGGCGCAUGAUGUUGAGGAUCAGCUGAUGCAGAUGCUGGGAGUGGGCAAGGGAGGAACAGCCGAGGUCGAGGGUGCGGCAGAGCUCAAGCUGCUCAAGGAGCGUUCAAGGCUCUUGCUCGAUGUCUGGAGUUAG